AUGAGUCGUCAUCUGAUGAAUGUUGCUCGAUUGUCGAAUUGUCUGAAAUAUGUAAACGAUGGAUAUCAACUCUUCAAUAAAGGUCAUUAUAGAAAAUUUCAUCAAAACAAUACCAAUAAGAUCAAUGAUCCACCACGCAUUAAUUUAUGUUUAAUGAAGGAUGAACAUCGCAAUGAAGUGUCUUCACUUGUUAUUGAAUCAUUUUUUCGUGAUGAGCCACUUAAUAGACGUUUGUCAUUUGAUUUACCAAAAGAACCUGCUGAAUUUACAAAUAUGUCUGUUGAAAAAGCUUUUCAGGAUAAAUGCUCAUACGUGGCUAUCGAUAAAAAUCAACAAAAAGUAAUUGGUGUUUCAUUAAAUCUAAUUGAAAGUAAGAACGAUGAAACAAACAUACUCGAUAGUUCGCAAUUUAAAUCUGAAAAGUUACGUUAUAUUUUCAAACUAUUGGAAGAUGUGCAUGGCCAAAUCGAUUUAUUCAACACUUUUAAUACAGAUCGUCUCUUACAUGUAUUAAUGCUAUCAGUGAAUGGAGAAUAUCGUGGUUUAAACUUAACAAGGCAAUUGAUCGAUUUAAGUAUUAAACAGGCAAAAGCAUACGGUAUUAAAGGAGCAUUUAGUGAAACAACUGGUUACUAUUCGUCUAGAGUAAUGCUUAAAAUGGGCUUUCAAAUAUAUAAUGAAAUUAUUUACGAUAAAUAUGACCAGAAACGUCUCUCGAACCUUGGUAUUCAUGAUCGUUGCUUACUUAUUGCAAGGCCACUAUAA